AUGGGCGAGGCGCGGAAGCCCGUGUCGUGGUCGCCGCCAGAAGUGAUGUACGUCAUGUACACCUCCGGCUCGACGGGCAAGCCGAAGGGCUGCCUCGGCUGCCUCGUCCCGACGGCCGGCGUGUGGCACCGGUUUGGCUGGGGCACGCGGCUGCUCGGCUUCACGCAGAGCGACGUCUUCAUCCAUAAGACGCCGGCCACCUUCGACUGCUCGAUCGCAGAGAUGACGCUUCGGACCACUACACCGCUAGGCCCCGGACUGCUCUACCGCACCGGCGACCUGGGCAGCCGCGACGCGGGCGAACGGCUGCAGUACUUCGGCCGCGCCGACCGGCAGGCGUCGAUCGAGGUCUCCUACUACGAGUGCCUCGCCGAGGACGACGCGGUCACGCACGGAUACCCGAUCGGCUUCCAGGGCGACGCCGGCGUGCCCGUGUACGUACUCGACCCCUCUGACCCAGCGACGCCUCUCCCGGCCGGCCAGCGCGGCGAGAUCUGCAUCGGCGGCAUCCAGGUCGCCUACGGCUACUUGGACCGGCCCGAGCUCACCGCGGAGAAGACGCUUCGGACCACUACACCGCUAGGCCCCGGACUGCUCUACCGCACCGGCGACCUGGGCAGCCGCGACGCGGGCGGACGGCUGCAGUACUUCGGCCGCGCCGACCGGCAGGUCAAGGUCGGCGGCGUGCGGAUGGAGUUGGGCGAAAUCGAGGCCGCCUCCCUCCGGCUCGUGCCGCAGCUGCUCAACGUCGCCGUCGAGCUCGUCGAGGGGUCCCUCGUCGGCGUCGCCGUCGCGCGGCCGGGCGCGCGCGUCAGCGGCGGGGAGAUCAAGGCCGCCGUCGCACUCGAGAUGAAGUGGGUAACUCGACUGUUCACCUCCACUGACGGUACUGAACUGAUCAAGGCCGCGCUGGCGCUCGAGAUGCCGUCGUCGUACAUUCCGGCCGAGUGGCACCUGCGCGGCGCGAUGCCGCUCGGCUCGGGCCCGUGCGCGAUGCCGCUCGGCUCGGCCGGCAAGGUCGACCACACGGCGGUGAGCAAGUGGGUGACCGACCAGCGCACCGCCGCCACGUGGGGGGCCAUCUACGACGAGAUGUACUUUGCCGACGGGCUCCAAUGGUGGCGCGCGCUCACCCAGCACCUCUACUCGCCGGGCCGCCGCCUCGCCGCGGGCAUGGCCGCCACGCUCCGCGCCGCAUCGCUGCUCCGCUCUCCGGCACCUCGAGCCGGGGCAGGCCGCGAGGAGGCGCCGCUCUGGGUCGCCCCGCCGCCUGCCGCUGGCGACCCGGCUGGCGGAGAAGCGAGCGACUCCCCCGCCUCCUCCUCCUCCGCCGCCGCCGCGCUGUCGGCGGAGGAGCUGGCCGCGCCGUUCGAUGCCGAGCGCGCGACCAACGCAGUCAAGACGGCGGACGCGAAGAAGCAGGGGAACUACCUCUCGGAGGCGCUGCUCAAUGAGCUCAAGGAGAAGUGGAGCGGCGGCGACGCAGGCACCAAGAAGGCCGCCGUGAUGGCGCUCGUGGUCUCCUUCCUCGGCGUGUCCUCCGACGGCGUGCUGCCGGGCGACACGUUUGCGCAGCACGGAGGCAGAUUCUCCCUCGCCGCGUUCCGAGUGUUCGGCGCCUGCGUCUCGGUCUUUGUCGUGCUGACCGAGCCGUUCGCAGACAUUGCGAGUCUCGUCGUCGCCUCGACGGACUCGCGCCCGGGCUCGCCGAGCGGCGACGGGAGCUCGCAGUGGGUCGUCAAGCGGCGGUGCUCGCGCGGCCGCAAGCAGCUGCCGCUGCUCGAGAUGCGCCUCGAGGCGCCCUCCCCCUCCUUCGUCUUCUUCCCGAUGGCGGGCGGCUCGCCCGAGCAGUUUGCGCCGCUGUUUGUCGCGCUCGCCCGCGUCACCCCGCGCGCGACCUGCUACUUCUACACCCUCCCCAUCGUCGACGCGAUCGCCGAGCACCUGCCUCAGAUGCGGCACGGGCCGUGCGUCUUCGUCGGCGACGCGUGGGGCGCGGGGGUCGAGGCCUCAACAAGAACGGGAGGAGGAGCGCGCUGCGGUGUCGUCCCUGUAGGCGACUCGUGGGGCUCGGUCGCCGCGCUGCUCGUGGCGCAGGCGCUGCACGCUCGGGAAGGCUUCUGCCCGUGCCACGUCGUGCUGAGCGACAGCGCGCUCGAGGCGUUCCUGCGCGCCUCCGGCGCCGAGCCGUCCUCCAUCACGCCCGCCGUCAUCGGCGCGUUGCGCGCCGACUGCCAGCUGUACGAGGACUUCACGCUGGACGAGGCGACGGCCAAGCCGCUCCCGUGCGGCGGCACGGACGGCGUCACCGCGCGCGCCGACCUGAUCGGCUGGGCGGACGCCUUCGAGGAGGACGAGCUCCACCUGCAGCGCGUGCCUGACUCGUCGCACCACAUCUUCGCCGAGCAGCCGGAGCUCAUCGCGGCGACGCUCGAGAAGCUCGUCGGCGGGCCCGAGCGCCAGCUGCGUGCGGUCAACAUGUCGGCGACCGAGGCCAAGAAGAUCGACUCCUCCUUCUCGCUGCUUGGCCCGCCCUGCGCCUUCGUCGCCAAGGGCGGCGAGCUGGGCGCGCUCGCGGCGCAGGCCCAGGCGUACCCGGUGGGGCUGUGA